GCACUAGAGCGAAUUAAAACAUUCGACAAUUUUUCAAAAAUUGGCAAACGAGAACGGCUUAAAUUCCUACAGUAUGUAUAGAGACGUUCUUCUGCCUUCCUCCCAGAAUUCCCUGCGGUGCGCAGAUUCUAGCACGAAGGUGAGGGAGCGCUCGUGGACUAUAAUGAAGGUUAGGUCUUCACCGACAACACCGACGGUUUGAAACUGAGUGAUUUCGAAGAACACUCUCAUCAUUUUGCUUUCUCAAGGAUUUUUUUUGUUAUCGUCAAUUCAAAUCGACGACUGCGAGGUGAAAUAAUGCGUUGUGUAACACAGUGCAGAUCAUGGUCACAUGGAAAAGCCAGACUUCGUGUAUUUCUUCUACUGAGUGCUACAGUUCUCUUGUCACUUUUCAUCUACCUGAGAUUUUCAACUUCCGAAGGUGACAUAGAGGACACAUACCCAUUCAGGCAAGCAAGUGCCCAACUACAUCUUAUCAUCCAGUUUCCAGUUUUGUACACUUCUGGUAAAGUCGAAGAUCAUGUCUUAAAGCGACAAGCAGAGUAUAUCUACAGUCUGCAAAAAAACCUGCAGAGUCCACAUGUUGCAGCAGUUCAUAUUCUCUGUGAAAAAGACAAAGACCCCAUUUUCAUAAAAGCACAGAAUUUGGAACAAGAUUGGAAACUAGACUUCAUCAUUCUUGGUCGACGCAUGCACUAUAAAGAUGCCUUUGAAUUUGCCUCAAAACAUUUGAUUCAAAAAAACGUAAUGGUUAUGAACUCUGACUGUUAUGUACAUAGAGGAUUUGAAAAACUGGAUGAAAGUAUUUUGAGUAGGAAAACAAUGUAUGCUCUCACCAGGCAUGAAAGUGAAGAAAAUAUUCGUCUCUGUGAUGCCACAGAUCUUUGUGGACCAAAGUCAAAAUUUCAAGGAUCUCACGAUGGAUUUCUGUUCAGACUUCUCACACCAGUUUCCCCUUGGUUAUUGGACGAGAUUGACUAUCGCCCAAACAUUGGAGGCAUUGAGCAAGUUUUGAUUUUCAACUUCAGAAAAUAUGGAGGCUUUAAAAUAAAAAAUCCUUGUAAGAUCCUGCAUAUUGUUCAUCAUCACUGCAGUGGGGUGAGAAACGAGACAGAACGUGUUAUUCAAGGUCAACGUAUUGAUGACUAUCUUCAUGUUGCACAGCAUAGAAAACUUGUUUUGGCGGAGUUUUCUGGUUUAUAACAUGUUGUUUGAGUGUCAUUAAAGGAAACUUCUCUGGAGAUAGUUCUAGUGUAUUAGGAUGGGUUUGAGUUAGAAACAAAUUGCAAAAUACACAAAUGCAUGUAAGUUUUUAAGUGUCUGAACAGCUUAGUACCUUAAUAUCUGUGUCAUAUUCUUUAGAAAAAUUGCAAUGUACACCUAAGCCUAAACUUAGCCAUGGUAAAGACACUUUAAGGCUCAAUCCUUAGUUAUUUACUACCUGCCAAAACUUUAAAGAGCAGAAUUACUUUCUUCUUUUAGCCUUCUUUUUUUUAACCAUUUUAAGUAAAAUUAACAUUUCGUAUAUUUAUUAAAGGAAACUCAACACAACUCUCAAUUUUACUCCAACAAACUAUGUGAGCAAGUUUAUAUUUUCAGCAGAACUUCAGUUUGAAUAAGUGUUACAACCUGACGAGAAAAUGGAUUACAGUUUGCAAAGAACAUUUAAAACAAAAUUGGAACAGUUGUGCAAAUUUUUUGCCAACAAAUUUAUAUUACCUUCACUCAACACUGACAAUAAACUUACACUUACAACAUACAGUUUGUCAGUUUUUUAUUUUAUUUCUUUUAUUCUCUCAAGAUCAAACUUUUUAAAAAUUU